GGUGGCAUUUUGUUUGGCCGCAGCGUACAUAAAAAAAAUUCGUGUAUAAUUUAGCCGCAAACAGCAACGAAAGUGAGAAAAUAAUCAAAAACGUGCGAGCGAGAGAUAGCGGUAAAGCGAGCAGAAAUAUAAUUACACGAUAUCGUUCAGCAAUUAACACGAAGUUUGAUCAUCGAACAGUUGUGUGUGGCAAAGGGUAGCGGCCUGCCUGCCCGUGCCCGUGCCCGUGCCCGUGCCAGUGCCCGUGGGUAUUGUGUUUGGAGGUACCGUACUGGUGGGUCGAUUGUGCUGCUCCAAAAAGGUGCCCCAAGCCACCCCGGUGGUGGUUGGGCCACGACGAGGUUCUAGGCUGCUGGCAGUACGCACCAGCUGGAAGCGGCGACACCAAAACAAAACAAAACAACAAGAAAAAAAGAACAACAACCUGCAAGGUGUUUUUGCAUUUGCAUUUGCAUUGGCGGUUAAUUGGAUUAGUCAGUAGCGGAGAUGGCCACGACACAGCAAUAUUCGCUGAGGUGGAACAACUAUCUGCGCCACCUGACCUACUCCCUGGACAACCACCGGCUGAACGAUGACUUCGUCGAUGUCACCCUGUGCGUGGAUGGCAGAAAGAUUAAGGCGCACAAGGUGGUGCUGUCCUCGUGCUCGUCAUACUUCAAGGAGAUCUUCAAGGAGAAUCCCCAUCCGCAUCCAGUCAUUAUAUUUAAGUUUAUCAAAUUCGAAGAUCUCAACUCGAUAAUCGAGUUUAUGUACCAGGGCGAGGUGAAUGUACAGCAGGAGGCACUGCAAUCGUUCCUGCAAACAGCCGAGCUGCUUGCCGUCCAGGGCCUUACCGCCGAGGAGAAGGAGAAGCCGCAGCUGCCAACGUUGCCGCUCAGCGAUCAUAAGCUCAUCAAGACCAUACCCAGCACCAUAAGAGCGGUGAACGAUCAGCAGCAGCAGCAACAGCAACAACAGCAGCAGCAGCAGGUGCCCAGUGUGGCACAGGCACAGACAGCAACGCAAACCAUCGAAAUACCCACGGCCACACUGUUGCAGGCAACGGCUGUCAGUCAGGUUCAGACGCAAGUGGCUGCUGCCGCUGCCGCUCAGCUUCAGGUCCAACAGCAGCAGCAGCAGCAGACGCAGUCUCAGUCACAGCAGCAGCAACAGCAGCAGCAGCAGCAUCAUCAUGUACAAACCACUCAAAUACAACACAUCCAGGUGCAAUCGGCGCCACCACCACAACAGCAACAGCAGCAACAGCAACAAUCGCAGCAGCAACAGCAACAACAACAAUCACACCCACUGCCGACAACGCCACAGCAUUUGACCAUCACGAAUGCUGUGGCACUGUCAGCGGCAAAGAAGCGUAAACUGACGUUCUCCGAUGACGAUGACAACAUCUACACCACCGAAACGGUCGCCUAUGCCAGCAAGGACGACCAGACAAUUGUUAAAACCUCGGAUAUGACCUUUCUGCGUGGUGCCGUCAAAAUGGAUAUACCCGAUUAUAUUGUGAGCGAGGUGGAUGAUCGACUGUCGGAUGGUGCCACGCCGCAGACGUCGCAGGAUGCCACCACCGGUGCAGCGCAGACGGUGGCCCAAUACUCAUCCGAAUACGAGAUACUAACCGAGUCCGAGAUCGAGGAGAAAUAUCAAGCGGAUGCGGAAAACGCCGAAAUAGCCAUCGAAAUGACCCGCCUCUUGGGCAGUGGGACGGGUGCAACAUCUACGCCCCAUGCUGUGCUGGAGGAUGGCAGCCCGUCGGCAGUUGCCGCGACUACGGUGUCCCUGACGCCGGUCAAGGCGGACAGCAAGGGCAACAAUGCGCCGCCAAAUGCCCCGAGUGAAACUGGCACGAGAUUACGUGCUGAUACGGAUACUACCGAUCCACUUGGCGAGGAUGAGACAGUGCCAGAGGCAUUAUUAAUGCCGCUCAUUUGUCACUUCUGCAAGCGACGACUCAAGUCAACGAAUGCGCUGCGGCGACACAUCGCCUCCAGGCACUCGGAGAUACAGGACAAGCAGCACGAGUGUUACAUCUGCAUCAAGAGCUUCAAGACCAAGUGGUCCCUGUCCACGCACAACUCUCGCUUCCAUCGCGAUUUGCGCCAGAGCAAGGAGUUUAUCAAAAUCGAAUCGACAGAUCACUGAAACUAAUUACAGCAGAGACACGAGACACGAGACACACAAAAAAAGUAUUUUCAUAUCCGCCAUGUGGCAGGAGUUCUCCUUUGUUCAGGAAGUUGCUAGGAGAGCCAGAGGUUCAAGCCUUUGUUCCUGUUGAACUGCCUUAAAGAAGGGGCUACGAAUGGUUCAAUGACGCUCGAUGGACUGUCGUAGCUGCUGGCCGAAAGAAAGCGAUUAACCAAAAGAUUUUCCCCCUUAGCCUAAGUCUUUUGUGGGGCACUCGGAGAUGCUACUUUCUGUGUGCCAUCCACUUUUGCUGCACUCUCAAAGUCAGCGCGAGCAGCGGAUAGUCGGCUGAAACGAGACUAUAUCGAUCUUAUUGUAAGGCUCCUGGCCAAGGAUGUGCUAUAGAUUUGAUGUACGCAGUUUUGCAUGUAUAUUUUUGCUUGUGUUUUCUUCCAAUAAUAACGCAUUAUCGACCAAUUUAGACGAAAUUGAAGCAAA